CCCACACAGAGGACGGGGCCUCUGCAGCCCCUUACCCCUGUCCCAACUGGCUGAAGCCUUCCAGGGGCUACCAGAGCAGGUGUGGGCUGGGAAACCUCUCCUGCCCUCCCAGGAUGGACCCCAUCAGGGACACGCUGCAGCGGCUGCGGGAGACCUUCCGCGCGGGGCGGACGCAGCCGGCCGAGUUCCGGGCCGCCCAGCUGGAGGGCCUGGGCCGCUUCCUGCGGGACCACAAGCAGCUUCUGCAGGAGGCGCUGGCGCAGGACCUGCACAAGUCGGCAGUUGAGUUGGAGGUGUCCGAGAUCAGCAUCGUCCAGACAGAGAUUAACCUGGCCCUCCGGAACCUGCGGGCCUGGAUGAGGGAUGAGCAAGUGCGCAGGAACCUGGCCACGCAGCUGGACUCGGCCUUCAUCCGGAAGGAGCCCUUUGGCCUGGUGCUCAUCGUCGCCCCCUGGAACUACCCCGUGAACCUGACCCUGCUGCCCCUGGUGGGCGCCCUGGCUGCAGGGAACUGCGUGGUGCUGAAGCCCUCGGAGAUCAGCAAGAGCACAGAGAAGGUCCUGGCUGAGGUGCUGCCCCGGUACCUGGACCAGAGCUGCUUUGCCACCGUGCUGGGCGGGCCCGGGGAGACGGGGCAGCUGCUGGAGCACAGGUUCGACUACAUCUUCUUCACAGGGAGCCCUCGAGUCGGCAAGAUCGUCAUGGCCGCCGCCGCCAAGCACCUGACGCCCGUCACGCUGGAGCUGGGGGGCAAGAACCCCUGCUACGUGGACGACAACUGCGACCCCCAGACCGUGGCCAACCGCGUGGCCUUCUUCCGCUACUUCAACGCCGGCCAGACCUGCGUGGCCCCCGACUACGUCCUGUGCAGCCCCAAGAUGCAGGAGCGGCUGCUGCCCGCCCUGCAGAGCGCCAUCACCCGUUUCUACGGCGAGGACCCCCGGAGCUCCCCAGACCUGGGCCGCAUCAUCAACGAGAAGCAUUUCCAGCGGCUCCAGGGCCUGCUGGGCUGUGGCCGCGUGGCCAUCGGGGGCCAGAGCGACGAGAGCGAUCGCUACAUCGCCCCCACGGUGCUGGUGGACGUGCAGGAGACGGAGCCAGUGAUGCAGGAGGAGAUCUUCGGGCCCAUCCUGCCCAUCGUGAACGUGAGGAGCCUGGACGAGGCCAUCGACUUCAUCAAGCGUCGGGAGAAGCCCCUGGCCCUGUAUGCCUUCUCCAACAGCAACCAGGUGGUCGAGCAGGUGUUGGCCCGGACCAGCAGCGGGGGCUUCUGCGGGAACGACGGCUUCAUGCACAUGACCCUCCCCAGCCUGCCCUUCGGAGGAGUGGGUGCCAGCGGGAUGGGCAGCUACCACGGCAAGUUCUCCUUCGACACCUUCUCCCACCACCGCGCCUGCCUGCUGCGCAGACCCGGGCUGGAGAAGAUUUGCUCCAUCCGCUACCCGCCCUAUUCGCCGCGCAACCUGAGGCUGCUGCUACUGGCCAUGGAGACCCGCAGCUGCAGCUGCACCCUGCUGUGAGCCCACCCGGGGCGCCGGGCGCGGGGCAGCCCUCCCGGCUCACGUCUGUGGGUCCUCUGCCGCCGCAGCCGCUCGUGGCCAGUGGAGACGUGGCCUGGAGCCCAGGGCACAAGAAGAAAGAUCUGCCAAGGCCACAGCCCAGACCGGUGCCCGCCCUCCUCCCUCCUGGGGCUUCCCGCUUCUGGCCCUCAGCCUCCUCCCUCGGCGG